CUCCUACGCCGACAUCUCUGCACCCUCCAUCCCGGCAUCUUCCAUCUCCACAUCUUCCACGCAAGAGUGGGAUGUAUUCCCCUUCCGUAAUUUUCAUGACAUUUGUACUGAGCUCUACGUACAGUGGCUGUUUCGGUGGCAAGGUUCAGGUUCGUUUGAAUGAGCUUGAACUGGAGAGGGGAAAAGCGGUGCCUUCCAUGGAUCCAUCCGGCGAUGUAGUCAUUUUCGGGAAAAUACUCUGUACUGUAUUCUGUAAUUGCGAUAUGUGUGGAUUCCCAUUUGAGUAGGG